AUGAUCAAAUAUGAUCCAAAACACUCUCUCCAGAGACACAAUUCUGAGAGAAAAUUCCUUGUUGAAAGGGUGGCAACACCAUUCAAACUUGUUGAAUAUGUUUUUAGAAAUGUUACAACACAUUGGAUAGAAAAAGCAAUCAUGUCAACAAAGGCAAUGGAAUUUAUAGAUGAUCCAACUGGUGAACUGACAUCCAAGAAGGCUGAUGUGCUGGCUACAGAUCUUACAUAUAAUUUAGACGUAAUGAACAUGGAAGCAUCAGGAGGUCCCCUUCAACAGGAUCAGAAACAUACUCUUAAUGAUUCAGGCAAAAUAUCUAACACUGUUGUGAAUAUUCUCCUUAUGAGUCUCUGA